UAUGGUCCAACAAAUUCGCCGGAAACCAAAAAAAGAAGAGGGAGCACAAGUUCUUUGCGUCUGCAAUGGCGACGGAACCAGAGACUUCCGGUGAGGAAAAGCCAAUCUUCGCGCCGACCGACUCCUUCAGCCACGGCACCCAAACCCUAGAGCAACCUGCAACGCCGUGGAUCGACUACGCGAUUGAGCAGGCUCGGGUUUACCAGAAAAACAUCGAAGAGACCCUAAACUCCGCCCUCGAAGCUUCUAGAUCACGCCUCUCCGAGAUUCGGGCCACCGGCUCUGCUCAUUUGAGCCAGACCAUUGACUCAUUGGAAGAUGUCAAGUCUAGCUAUGCUGAUUAUGAGGAUAUUUUACUUGCAAAGAUUAAAGAGGGUGCUUCUGUUGCUGCUUCACAUCCGGUGAUUACUGGUGGAGUUGCUGCUGCUUUGGGGUUUACGGUUCUAAAAGGACCACGACGCUUCUUGUACUACAAAAGCUUACGCCUUUUCAUGAGCGAGGAGUCCUUACUUUCUAGAGCUGAUGCUAAAGUGAAGGAGUUGCGACAUUCAAUUGAUGUUCUAAAGGCUGAAAGUGAACAAUUAGAGAAGAGGGCAUCAAAUGCUGAAAAAGAAUUCAUACGGGGGAGGAAAAAACUCAGACAAACGGGGAAGCUAAUUCAAAGUGCGAUUGGAACAGGUUAUAAGAUUGAAAGACAAGCAAGAGGUUUAAAAGAUAUUAUAGGAGAACUUCCUAGAAGUGAAGCAUCUAUGUUCCGGGACCAAGUUACAAAAUUGGCUAAAGAGGUAGAGCAAGAAAGGACUGCCUUAUCAAAGGAGGUCACAAAAAUUAGCAAUCAUGGGAUCUCAGUUUGAGAAUUGUUUCACUGAUAUUCCCUCAUUUAUGAAACACCUGAACCAAGUGCCAAUAAUUGAACUAAAUGCAGUACUUGGAAAAUUUUGUUCAUAAGUUUUGUAGAAGGCGAUUUCGCUUACCAACAGAGAGUGUCGGUCUCAAUCUUCACCCUUGGCAGGAGAUGCCUUACAGUGAAUGUUUGAGUUCUGUUAAAAGUUCCCACCUGUGGUCAUUAGCUGCAGAUUCUCUGCCUUGUUCGGUAUUGUCAUUUAUACCUUGGAGCCGUGAUUAUGUCUCUUCACUAUUACCAAAUUGCUUUCAGGAAGUAUAAUCCAACAGCUCAAGUUAUGCUUACUUUUAUCUAGUUAUGUCAGUGCCCUUCCCCGUUAUUAUCACUGCUGUAUCCUAGAUCAAAAUUUAAAUACAAUCAAGUUGUGGUCAUUGGGUUUACACAUA